UAUGCAGAACGGAUUGGAGCAGGAGCGCCGGUUUAUCUUGCAGCCGUUUUGGAAUAUCUUACUGCAGAAGUGUUGGAACUUGCGGGUAAUGCCGCCCGCGACAACAAGAAAUCCCGUAUCAUCCCACGCCAUUUGCUGCUCGCGGUACGAAACGAUGAAGAACUAAACCAACUUUUGAGCAACGUGACCUUCGCUGAUAGUGGAGUGCUGCCUAAUAUCCAGGCUGUGCUGCUUCCUAAGAAAACUGCGUCCAAGUCUGGCGGCUCAAAAUCGAGUAACUCCAGUCAAAGUCAGGAGUAUUAGACGGAGUGACAGUGUACAAUGAAAAUGCGAAUAUGUAACUGUUGGAGACUUCCUUUGUAUUUAUAGUUUCUAUGAUUUAUUAGUUUGCAUAAAAUUAACGAAGAAUUACAAAAGUUAAUAUAUCUAAAAGUGAUUAAAGCAUUGAAUAAUUCAGAUAUUUGUCUUUUUGUAUUUAUGAUUUUCCUGCUGGACUUUUGCUUCACUUGAGCAAUGCCAGUUCAUUGGAGUAAACAAAAAACUUGAAUGGUUUGUUU